GCAGCAUUGGUGAGAGUGUGAAUCAAAGCAUGGAAGAUUUGAACAUGUAUUAUGGUGGUGGGAAUAAUAAAGAGGAGAUUACUAAUAAUGGGGUUAUGGUGAGGAAGAGGGUGAUGGUGGUUGUUGAUGGAACUUCACAUUCAAAGCAUGCAAUGAUGUGGGCUCUAACACAUGUUGCUAAUAAGGGUGAUUUGCUCACUCUUCUUCAUGUUGUUCCUCUUGACAAGGCUUCUGAAUCUUAUUCUUGUUCAACUUACCUUGUCAACUAUCUUGGAUCCCUUUGCAAAGAUUGCAAGCCAGAGGUGGAAGUGGAAGCCCUUGUAAUUCAAGGGCCAAAACUGGCUACAGUGAUGAGCCAAGUAAAGAAGUUAGAGGUCUCUGUCCUUGUACUGGGCCAAAAGAAGCCAUCUUCUUUCUUUAGCUGCCUUUGUGGAAGCAGCGAUAACAGCGGCACAGAGGAGUUUGUGGAGCAUUGCAUCAAUAAUGCAGAUUGCUUGACGAUUGGAGUGAGGAAGAGAAGCCAGGGCACGAAUGGCUAUCUUAUCAGCACUAGGUGGCGGAAGAACUUUUGGCUUCUUGCUUAGAUGCAGAUUUCAUAAGAGGGGUAAAAUGGGAAAAUUAACCUAAUAUAUAAGUUUGGAGCCUUGGAGGGGUGUUACCUAUAAAACUAUUUUAGCAUGUAACUAGUUCUAACUAUAUCGUCGUCCUUGUACCAAUGUAAUCAUAUGAUGUCAUCUUUGUAAGUCUAUGUUACCUGAGAAUAUGAUUAAGAAGCAACCUGCCCAUGCUUGCCAAUAAUUUUUCUUUCUUUCUUUGGGUAGAGCCA